AUGUCAACGUUAAUAUCAAUCACGCUUGACAAUGACAUAGUGCCACAGCUGUUGGAUAUCGCCAGUGGAUUGUGUUACCUGCAUAGCCUUCAUAUAGCGCAUGGUGAUAUGAAAGGGCCGAAUGUGCUAAUUUCUGAAGCAAGGAGAGCUCUGAUAACCGACUUCGGGUUUUCGCGCCUGACCAAUCCGCCACCUAGCCUUCAAGUCGACCCACCUUGUGGUGGCUCGUUACCAUGGAUGGCUCCCGAGAGACUGAAUACACCUACCCCUAGCAGCACUCAAGCUGACGUCUGGGCAUUUGGGAUGACAGUGCUAGAACUGUUUUCACGAAAGAAUCCCUUUCACGAGGUACGCACGAAAUGGGGUGUCAUGUCGCGUAUUGUAGAAGGUCGCCUGCCAGAUCGUCCAAGCGACGAAUCGACUAGUUUUCGUCUGUGCGACAGCUGGUGGAACAUAUGCUUAGAAUGCUGGGAGUACGACCCAGUGCAGCGUCCUGCCAUGAAUGAUAUCGUGGCCAGAGUUGAAAAGUUAAAUGAGGGAACGGGCAGAGCAGAUGGUGGGAAGGGCGAGGGGACGGGAGGCGAGGGGGGAGGAAGAAGGUUGUGGUUAAGGGUGCAACAGCUUGGCUAUUUACUAUUUCAGCGGGGGCGUGACAGACGAUAA